GUGCACUUACUGAGCGCGUGGAAGCUCAUUCUUAUUAUCCUGUAGGUAGCGCACGAGUGUAGGGAACAAGCUGGGGAUUUGGGACCGAGUCAUAGUUUGAGUGUGUGUCUUUAGGUCCUGGCAGCACCAUCCGGCUAGAGGGUGAGCCGAGGAGGACACUGACUGCUUGUUUUGUCACUGCCAGCAACACUGGAUGUGUUUUUUUUUGCUUUUGCUGGUGAAUUUCCUGGAUAUUUUUCUAAACCGGAUUUAUGAUUUAUGCGCUUGGAUACAAUAACUAACGACGCCGUAGUGGAAGCAAAAACACGCACGCAUACACACACACACACACACACGCACACACACACAGGAAUCGAUGGGGAAAAUAAGUUGACUGCUGCCUUGGGAGAAAUUGUUGUUUUUUCCUCCUUCUGGGGAAGGGAUUGCUGUCGUUUCUGAUCACCACCAUGGGGAUUUUGGAUACGUAGUGGCUUUGGCACUUGUGAUAUUUUGGGAUUGUUUCUUUUCCUGAGCGCAAGCAACAAUUUCGGAGUGCCAGCCCUCCUGCGCGCGAGCAAAUAAUAAUAAAAGAAAUAUCCAUAUUGAUGAGAGGAUCAGCAGAUAUAUAUACACACACAUAGGCAGCGAUUUGGCAUAUAUGGAGGGAAUUUGGUCGACUUUCCAGCCGUGCGUAAAAUAAGUUCUUCCUCCUGCAAACCCCGCAUGCAGUCCCGGCGGUGGACGCGGCCUCGGUGCAUGGAUCAGCCGACAUGGCAAGCUGGGAGAUCUGAAAGAUGAAUGCAGCAUUCCCCACGCUGACACACAUCCGUCGGUUUCCCCCUUUCACACUGCAGGAGAGGGAAAUAAAGCCGAAGGUGGAGCAGAUGCGAGGCCAGGUGCUUCCCACCUCCACCAUGCGGGAGAUCUAAGGCCGCGCACUGGAUCAUCCACCACGGGGGGAGAGGGAGUUUUUCCAUCACAUCAAACAUUAUUUUGUUUCAAAUUUUUAUUUAGUUUAGCUUUCUUUUUUUUGUUGUUGUUGUUGUUCAUUUCUAGUAGGGAUCUUGUGAAUGCUUGGCAUUGUGCCUGCAAGUUAGAGAGAGAGAGAGAGAGAGAAGGAUCUUCUCAGAAGUAGGUCAGAUCUUGCAAGAUAAAGCUGGCCAAAAUGGGAGUGACUCUAUCACUCAUGCUGAUAUGACAUCUUGCUUCCUUUUCUAAAUUUGCCUCUAUCCAAGUCCACUGGAUCCAUGACCGCUUGACCCCCCUGGCCGCUUCUUCUCUCAUCACCUUGGCCUGUGAGGUUUCGCCCUCGGAUCUUGUUUUCUUGCUUCCCCAACAUCCUUCCCCCUCUUCCAGCCUCUCCCAGAGUGCGAAUGGCUCUUUGUGGGACCACGGCUGCUAACGCGGCCAAAAUGAUGGCGGCGUACAGCGGAGGUGCUUCGGCGGUGGCGUCAGCAGCCCACCAUCCACACCACCACCAUCAGCUGGCGCACCUGCCCCCUCCGCACCAGAUCCACCACCAGCACCACCACCACGCCGGGCAGCACCAUCUCCAACAGCAGCAGCAGCAGCAUCCCGCUCCAGGUUCGGCCGCCGCCGUCCAUCCUGUUCAGCAGCAACAUGCGUCCGCCGCCGUCAUGCUCAACCCGAGCCAGCAGCAGCAGCAGCAACCAUAUUUUCCGUCGCCCGCACCCGGACAGGCUCCUGGUCCGGCUGCGGCUGCGGCGCCCGCUCAGGUGCAGGCUGCAGCCAUCAAGGCGCACCAUCACCACCAUCAACACCAUCUACAGCAGCAGCUGGACAUCGAGCCUGAUCGGCCUAUCGGAUACGGGGCAUUCGGCGUGGUCUGGUCUGUGACUGACCCCCGGGACGGUAAACGUGUGGCCCUCAAAAAGAUGCCCAACGUCUUCCAGAACCUCGUCUCCUGUAAGAGGGUCUUCCGCGAGCUGAAAAUGCUCUGCUUCUUCAAGCACGACAACGUCCUGUCAGCUCUGGACAUCCUGCAGCCUCCUCACAUUGACUACUUUGAGGAAAUCUAUGUGGUGACGGAGCUGAUGCAGAGUGACCUCCAUAAGAUCAUCGUGUCUCCGCAACCCCUCAGCUCCGACCACGUCAAAGUCUUUCUCUACCAGAUCCUUCGAGGUUUGAAGUAUCUGCACUCCGCCGGCAUUCUGCACAGAGACAUCAAACCUGGCAACCUUCUGGUCAACAGCAACUGUGUGCUCAAGAUCUGUGACUUCGGUCUUGCUCGGGUGGAGGAGCCUGACGAGUCGCGUCACAUGACGCAGGAAGUGGUGACGCAGUACUACCGCGCCCCCGAGAUCCUCAUGGGAAGCCGCCAUUACUCCAACGCCAUCGACAUCUGGUCCGUGGGCUGCAUCUUCGCCGAGCUGCUGGGCCGACGCAUCCUCUUCCAGGCCCAGAGCCCCAUCCAGCAGUUGGAUUUGAUCACUGACCUGUUGGGGACGCCGUCUCUGGAGGCCAUGCGGACGGCGUGUGAGGGAGCCAGAGCUCAUAUCCUGAGAGGACCACAUAAACAGCCCUCACUUCCUGUCCUUUACACCCUGUCCAGUCAGGCGACCCAUGAGGCAGUUCACCUGCUCUGCAGGAUGCUGGUCUUUGACCCGUCAAAGAGGAUCUCGGCUAAAGAUGCUCUGGCUCACCCGUACCUGGAUGAAGGGCGCCUGCGCUACCACACCUGCAUGUGUAAAUGCUGCUACACCACAUCGUCUGGCCGAGUUUACACCAGCGACUUCGAGCCCGUCACCAACCCCAAGUUCGAUGAUGGCUUUGAGAAAAAUCUAACAUCUGUGCGGCAGGUCAAAGAGAUCAUUCAUCAGUUCAUCCUGGAGCAGCAGAAGGGGAAUCGGGUACCUUUAUGUAUAAAUCCCCAGUCCGCUGCUUUCAAAAGCUUUAUCAGCUCGACAGUAGCUCAGCCCUCCGAGAUGCCUCCGUCUCCUCUGGUGUGGGAGUAGCUAAUGAUUAAUGAUGAACAUAACGAUGAUGAUGAUGAAGACAUGAAGGCGGUGGCGGUGGCCGCCCACCCCCCCAGACACAUGAACACACACGAACACACACCUCCGGACUACUGAUGCCCUUCAAAAAAAAAAAAAAAAAAAAAAAAAAAACCCUGCGUAGCAUUUCACUGGAGUUAGCACUUAGCCGAGCGGCUGACGUGUGUGUGUACUGUAAUACUAACUAAACCUAAAUGAAGUUGUAAAGAAGCAACCACUGCUGAUCGGGUCGAAGAAGUUUUGUGAAUAAAUAGAGAGCAAGGGGGCGGGCUGGGCGUGUAACGUACAGUAGAAGUAUUUCCACUACUCUGUAGUCUGUACAGUGGCAUAUGUAAGUGUAUGGGUGUGUGUGUGUGUGUGAGAGAGAAGUGUGUACACAUGUCGAAACACACAAUCACACGCCACCGGAUGAAGACGGACGGCCUCUGUGGACUAGAAUGUGUGUGCGAUGGAAGGAAGGCUGUUGCCAUUCAUCCGCUCUGUACGUCAUGCUUUAUUUAUUCACUGGUAGAGGGAACGGGUGCAAUCACUCCAUAUAGCACGGAGGGCAAAAGCGCACUCUCUACCUCUCUCUCCUUCUCUCUCACACACAUACACACACACACACACCCCUGCCUCCUAGCGCAUUUUCCAGCUCAUCACUGUUUCAUUAAUUUAUUUAAUACUAGUGAGUUAUUUCUUAGCUUGUUCUUUGUUUUAUUUUUAUUUUAUUUUAUUUUAGGUCGCUGUAUUUUGUCAUUUUAUGCUCUUUCUCACACUCUUUCAGAAGCAGCAUAAGAAAUCAGUAUUUCAGUACAUCAGAUUGCGUUACAGUGCAGAGAUACUAAUGGCAAAGCCGCUUAGAAGACUGCUGUACACGGUGGGCGUUGUUGUUUCUGUCAGUGUUUCAUACUGAAAUAUAAAAGAGCAGCAGGAAUCUGGGCCCAAAUAGUGAGGCGUCUCGGAUAAACGGGCCAAAAUAGAGAGUGGCGUCCCUCAAGGGUCAAUGCUGGGGCAAAUAUAGAGUGGCAUCCCUCACCCAGCGGUCACACUAGCAAGCGACAAAUCUCUCAUGUCGCUUGUCGUUUGUUUCUUGUGGGCACGUAGCGACUGAUACUGUCACAUUUUUAGUUCUGAUGAGUAAAUAGUAGUAUAAAUAUGCUCUAAAGAUGACUAGUUAAAUUAAAUAACACACUAAUCAGUGUGAAAUUUGGUUGUUUGAUUUACGUAUUACGUGCUAGGCUUUGUACUAGCUUCUUUCAUCAGAAUAGAUUAGCAAAGCAAGGUGACUGUACUAGAUACGCAGCCUCACCAGAGACUCCAACAGUCUCUGCUACUUCCUUUCAAGCUUUACUUUUCUUCGUAAUAUAUUCGUUACAAGUUGUUCAUCAAUUUUUGCGUCUCAAACUGUAAAUGUGAACGAAUUGCAGGUAAGAACUAAAGUCGUAAAUGGGGAACUGAAGAAACAUCGGACCACACUCUCCAUAGGACUGGUCCGAGGGAUCAUUUGAGCCGACCGUUUCAGUUUAUUUGUUGCUUUACUGCAUCAAUCAUACCUUUGCAGAGAAUUGAGAAAAUCUCAAUUCAAAUGUCAUUUGUUGCGGGAAUCUCGGCUUCGUGACGUGUACGUACAUAGAAAAUAAGCGAUUGCAUGUCGCUUUGGCGCUUGCUAGUGUGAACAUAGGACCAAGGUUAAAUGCUGAGGUAAAUAUAGUUCAUGAACGAAAGGGGAGACCACAAGGCAGUGGAGUAAAAUACAAAAUAAGUGGUUUCGAGAGAUCUACACUCAUUUCUUUUUACGUGAAUAAGCAUGAGUAGAGCUCGCGCAUAUACUCAGCUGCCAUCAUAAAAUAUGACUGAGCACUGUAAUGCCAGUAAUUACAUAACAGCUGAUAUAGAAGGAAUAUGGAUGUAAUUAUUUAUGAAGCUUGAACUGAGGACAGCAAUGAUUUUUCCAUAAACAUGAUGCGAUCAACAGCCAUUCCAUGUUAACCAUGAGAUAUUCCCAAAAAACUUGUUCCUAAAGAUAAUGUGCGAGUGAAUGUGCAUGUAUGAAUCCAAAGCAUGUGUUUCCGCCUGCCUGAGGCAUCGCACUGGCGAUCGCUAGGGUCAGGGUCAAUCCUCAACCCUGCAGUUUGUUUUUUUUUUUUUUUUUUUUUCCCUUCUUUUUAUUUCCUUUUGAAAUUUUUCGUUGUUGUUAUUGUUGAAGAACCCAGGGAAGGAAGGCAUAGUUUCACCUUCAUCUCUUUCACACUGUCCAUAACAUAAUCUCUCAGAAAGGAAAAAAAAUCUCUCGAAAAUAAACAAUAUUUAAUAUAUUUUUUAGAGGACUAUUUUUUAAUUUCUUCCUUAAAUGUGCUAUGGCAUGCUUUCCUCAUGAUCCACUGAAUAUGGUAUGUAAAUAAGUGAGUAGUUGAUAGAUUUCAAUGGAGAAUAAAACUACAGUGAAAAGAAAGAUGUGCCGUACAUAAAAAAAAGAAAAAAAAAGGAGAAAAAGAAGAAUCAAACACAAAGCAGUACUGCUGUAUAGAGGUCGCAUUAGCCUGCACAUUUUUUAGGGCUGUGAAAUUUGAUUUUAUUUUUGAGACUUGCAUAUAAUUGUACAUAUAUUUUUUUUUUUCUUUUUUUUCAGUUUUUUUUUUUCCCUGCACUAAAAAAGUGUAGAUAAAAGCAUAAUCCAGAACAGUAUGAUUAUGGAAACAAAUGACACAUAACCAAUUAUGUUAAUUGUCUUGUGUGUACUGCAAAGCUGUGGAUAUGAGUAGUCUAAUGAAGUAGAACCCUUUAUUAUUAUUAUUAUUAUUAUUAUUAUUAUUAUUAUUUGAUUUUUCUUUAAGGAAACACUGAACUGUUUGUGUAUAUGUAUAUAAUGAAUUCACAUUGUUGGUCUCUACCUCUGGAGCUCAGUGACUUGGUUGUUUACCUCCACACAUUUUUAAUUUAAUGUGGAGAUUUAAAAACUUGAAUGUCCCUUCCAACUUUUAUAUUCCUAGAAAACCCUGUGCAAAAAAAAUUACAAAAAAAAUACUUAAAAUAGCAAUUGGUUGGAGGAGGGCCCAUCCUAUCCUUGUAUAAAAUUCCAUAUUUCCACGUUUUCCCAACUCAGUGUUUUUCCGACUGUUAGAUCACACCAAUCAUUUUUGUCAUGCGAUUACAACCCAUGAUGAUUGAGAUGAUUGGUAUUCUUUACUGAAAGAUGUUGCAUUCAAAUUUGAAGUACAAAUAAAUGGCAGUGCUAAAAGUUUUAAGCAGGUAUAGCAUGUUGAAGAUAACCAUUGCCAGACUAAAUGGAGUGCGUUUUCAAGAAAAAGACUAACAUGUAACAUGCGUUGGGCCAACUCAAGAAAAAAACAAAGGUACUACUCAUGCUGUCAAACAUUUUUAUAAGACAUUUGAAGUUUCUACUCAGAGGUAAUGGUAUUUGCAUACAUUUUAUGAUAUAUAUAUGCUUAAAAUAAGGAGAUAGCUUUGGAUGGCAUGAAAACAGAGGUGGGGAUCAGAAGGGACCGGAAGGACUCCAGAUGUAUUAUGUGUUUGAAAAAAAAAUAAAAAAUACAAAAAAAGUGGCCGGUCUCUUUACAAAAGUGUAGAUUUGAAGUACAGUGGUGAAGCUCAUUAAAUGUUGACAUUUAUGAAAACGAAACAAA